CACCAUCAACAGCUGAUCCAGCUAAAAUUGUAUUUUUUUUGUGAAAGGUUUUGGCAAUUGAGAAUUUUUAACAAAUAGCAGUUGAACAAUGGCUGCCGCACGUCGCGAUAUAGCACCAUUUUUACAGCGUGUGCGUGCCUUCCUUUUGGGCCGCGAACACACUCUCGCCCUACGCUUCGAGGAUGGUGUGGCAGACCGCACACAGCCCCAGCCCAAUAUACCCGAAGGUCCUUCACACCAAUACUCCGCCAACUAUUAUUGUUUGCGCGAUGGACGUCGUGAGGUGUUUCCACCAAUCGAUUUGGUGCAGCAACAGAAGCUGUUGGAGGCAUCUGGAGAUGCUGGUGCAACGCCCAAAUCUAAUCUGCCCACACCGGGGAGGGUGUACGCCUGGGACUAAUGCCAGCAUCAAAAAGAAAUAACGCAGCCGGGCUGAAAUUAAACUAACCCUUUUUGCGUUCUUGUUGAAAAUGCCGAUUAAGAUUUAAAUAGAAACCAAUUUAAAACA